AUCUGACCUUUAUUUUAGUUUUCGAGACGGACAAGGAAACCGAGUCUGAUCCGAUCUAGGAUCGCCGCGCUUAUAUCUUCUCAAGCAGUAGCGCGUUUCAGCACAUAUCCUAUGUUAAUCAUAGUAGUGUUUUUUGGUGCAUGUACUCGGCUACUAUAUGGGCCUGAAGACCACAAACAAGGCACUGCGCAGCAGCGCCACGGUGAACACGGGGAAGGUGCUGCGGAGGCAUACCGCCCCGAAUAAGCCGGAGUUCAUGUCAACUCGUAAGAGAUUCCGAAGGCCAGCCAUCCCUGAGAUGCCAGAUGACCUUGUAUCGGAGAUCCUGGUUCGACUCCCAGUGAAAUCUCUCCUGCGCUUCAAAUCAGUGUGCAGGACCUGGCACACCACCAUCUGCAGCCGAUCCUUCAUUAGCAUGCACCUCCAACGCGCAGUGUCCAACCACCAGCGCCAUCAGUGUUUCCUGCUCACGCCGUAUUUUCUGGCAGAAGGUUCGAGCAAUAUCAGCCUAUACAGAUGGCAAAAGAGUCAAGCCAGCGCAAGUCUUGCAUACACACUCAACUUCUUCGAAGGAGCUUCGGUGCGAGUAUACAUUCUUGGACAUUGCAACGGACUCGUGCUAGUUCCCACCAGCACCAAAAUGUAUGUCCUCAACCCCUCCACUAGGGAACUUCUUACACUACCUGAGAGCAUCCGCAGUAUGCUACAGCCAUCCUCCAUAUGUCGCGCCAUUGUUGGUUUUGGUCUUGAUUCAUUUACAAACAAGUACAAGAUCGUUCGAUUCUUUAACUAUUCACUGGAUGAGGCCCGAAUGGGAAUGGAGAUUUGUACAAUCAGUGAAACCGGCAGAGCUUGGAGGAGCAGUGAUGUGGAUCCACCAUACCCGCUUAGCGGCUGGCAAACCGCUACAUUCUUUCGGGGUUCUCUUUUCUGGAGACUCGAUGGGCCUGAUCUCAUACAAUCUCCAGAGGGCCGAUUGCUUCGUUUUUGCUUAAAAGAGGAAGUAUUUAGCUUAACUAUGCAGCCCCCAUGCCCUGAUCUUGAUCAUGAUGACUUCGCCUUAAACGUGCUAGAUGGUGAAAUGUGCCUAGCUCAGUUUGACUCUUCUCAGCGAACAGUGCUCUGGAUGACAAGUGAUGCUGUGAACCCGCAAUGGUAUCGCCGAUGCAUCCUUAAUGUUGAUACCUCCCUCGCCAUAUCGAUUUCACACUGUGGAGUGCUUUUGGUGGAUCUGCAUCGAGUCUUCCAGUAUGAUUUCCAAAGUAAGAAAGCAGAGGAUGUAGCUCACUUGGAUGGCCUGAAGUAUGAUGGACCUGGGUCAUGCGCCAUUAAGUAUGCGUGCCAAAACUCGAUGUACAUCGGUGUACUUCCCUGCAUUGAAAGUCUUGUUCCCAUAGCCAUUGCAAGAUGAUAGGCAUGACUGUCGAUCUUUAUUUGUGUAAUACUACUAGUAGUAAAAAGAAAAUAUGUGCUAGACUGCUAGGGUUCAUUAUGUUUUUAUGUUUAUGAAUGUAAGAAAAUAAGUGGCAAACGGUUGAUUCAAUAAACUGUUGGCCAACCCGAA